AUGUCUGAUCCAUACGAUUCCUGCGAUAGCGACACCUACAUCCUCGAUGACUUCGACGACGUUGAACGGCCGAUCUCAGUGAGCCACAGCUAUCUCCUGAGCAGCUCGACCUUGUCCUCUCGAAUACUCCGGCUGCUCCCUCCACGAUGGCGUCGGAAGUUUACCAGUCGCCACAGAAAGACAACGGCGACCAAACAUGGCAGCCAGCUCCGGCGGUGUGUGCCCAGUUCGCCGCCUACGAUAUACAAGGCUCUGCGCUGGGUUUUGAUAGCGAUUUCCUGUCUGGUUGUCCUCAUACCGCUGUUCUGGCCCUCAUACACCCAUCGACCGCCUCAUUAUAACGAUCUCCAGAGGCUCGCCGUCGGUUCAGACAAGCCGGGGAGGGGGAACUCGCGCAACGAGAAAGUGUUCAUUACCGCGAAUAUAUAUGACCCAGAUGGAAGUCUGGCCCAGAGCCAAUGGAGCAAGAACAUAUUUCAACUGAUAGACUUGUUGGGCCCAGAAAACACAUACUUGAGCAUAUACGAGAAUGACAUGAACGACAAGGCGCGGGACGCCUUGAACAGGCUGGCAGAGCAGACUCCGUGUAACCACUCUCUCGUUACCGAAGAGCAUCUCGACACGACUAAUCUAUUACAUAUCACCCUGCCAGACGGGUCGAGGAGACUCAAGCGCAUUGCCUUCCUGGCCGACGUACGAAACCGCGCGCUAAGACCGCUCAACGAGCCUAAUAUGAUGAGAUUUGAUAAGAUCCUCUACGUUAACGAUAUAUUCUUCAAUCCGAUCGAUGCCCUCCAGCUCCUCCUCUCUACUAAUAUAAACGAAGACGGCGUCACCCGAUACCGCGCCGCAUGUGCCGUGGACUUCAUCAACCCUUUCAAAUUCUACGACACGUUUGCCUCACGGGACCUUGAAGGAUACUCUAUGGGUAUUCCUUUCUUCCCCUGGUUUACAACCGCGGGUGAUGGACAGAGCCGUAAGGAUGUUCUGAACCAGCGAGAUGCUGUUCGUGUCAGAAGCUGCUGGGGUGGCAUGGUUGCCUUUGAUGCACACUACUUCCAGGCACCUCCGCCCGGACAAACACAAACCUCUCCUUCACAUAAUACAAGUCGGUUCCGUGCGGAGCCUGACCUCCUCUGGGAAGCGUCUGAGUGUUGUCUGAUACAUGCUGACAUCCAAGAUCCACCCCAUGAGGCAAAGCCCGGACAACCUGCUGAUACUGGAAUAUACGUGAACCCGUAUAUUCGGGUUGCGUACACUCCCUUCACUCUUUCAUGGCUAGGUUUUACUCGGCGUUUCGAAAGGCUAUAUUCCCUCCCGCACGAUAUAAUAAACCGUCUAGUGGGCUUGCCUUGGUUCAACCAUCGCCGUACUGAAAAACCAGGCGAUGUCAUCGAGGAGCUUGCCUGGGUAGAGAAUGAGAAGGGUGAAGGCUCCCAGAAGACCGUAUCCCGCACUGCUGGCACCGGUGGCUUCUGUGGUAACCGAGCACUUCAAGUCAUGAAACCCCAUCCUAAACCCGGCGAGAAGACAUGGGAGCUGAUUCCACCGGAUUCAUUUUGA